CUUUUCUCCCAGCAGCCUUUGCGCUACAUUGGGGCGCCCGCUGGUUUCCAAAGUCGGGGGAUGUCUCGCCCCAGUAUGGGAAGAGCAAGGCAUGGAGUGCUCUCAGCGCAUCUUUCCAGGUGACCAUGUCUCCACGCGCCAGGCGAUCCCCAGCAUGGAGCAAUGGCAUGGUGCUGGACCUCAUCAGUGUUGGGGGGAGGAAGCUGUCCAGUCCCAGUUGUGCUCCAGCUGUAGGAAUUACGAUACCUUCAGGCAGAUAUCAAGGAACAUGAUGGAAAGGGCCAUGACCAGGAUGCACUGCAGUGCAGGAUUAAAGUGAAGGAGCUGUGGAAUGCCUAGUGCAAAGCCCGCGAGGCAAAAACCGCUCUGGUGCAGCCCCCAUGAUCUGCUGUUUCUACAAAGAGCUGGACGCGAUACUUGGGGGCGACCCCACCUCCACUCUGAGUGCCAGCAUGGACACUUCAGAGCCCAGUUCAACAUGGCAGGAGGAGGAGGAGGAGCAAAGUGGGAGCAAGUGUGCUGAGGCGGAGGAAGGCACCCCAGAAUCCCUAGAUGCAUGCAGCCAGGAACUGUUCUCAAGCCAUGAGGAAGGUAGCCAGUUGCGGCGGCUGGUACUUGGGGAAGGACAAACAUCAGAGGAGGUUCCCGAUGCAACCUUGAGAUCUCAGCCGUCCGUAUUAUCACCAGCUGAAAGACUCCAAAGAAUCAGAAAGAGGCCACGUAGAAGCAAGGAAGACAUGUUGCAUGAAGUAAUGCAGCAUUCAAGUAAUGAAAAUCAAAAAGUGCAGGAUUGGCGGGAGAGUGAAAGGAGGAUCCGCCAGCAGAACAAGGAGCACCGGCACAAAAGCGCGGUGCUCCGGCAGCAAAGCACGGAUCGGCUGAUAAGCAUAACGGAGUGCCAAGCAGACUCUAUCCAGGCGCUCGUAGCCAUGCAGGCGGAGCACUACCGUGCCCGCCCCCCCCUUGCAGCCCUUGUCCCAAAACUCUUUCCCUUGUGCCCCCAUUUCAUCUCCAACCCACUUUCCCCAACAUCCAGGUUCUUACUGCCACCAGCUGCCUCCAACACCUGUAGCUUCACCACCCAGCCCUGAAAACUACGACUCUUACCCACUGCACUCAACCCCCAUAACCAUCCUGAACUGCAGCACUCAUUGCACAGCACUCCAGACAGGACAUAUGCAAAUCUGUGAUUAUACCAUUCCCCACCCCACCCCCUUGCC